AUGUCUUCGUUAUCUUCGUGGACGUGCUCCAUGGCUACGGGAGGUAGACCUGCCUUUCUUGCCAAUUCCAGUGCUGGCUCCAGUGUAUUUCUGGGAGAUGGCCGGUUCAAUAUUGUAGCAUUAUCACAUCAACUCCGAGUCUACUUUAUUUCCACCAGAAGAUGUGUACGCAGCAUCGAUGUUGAUCUUCUGGAUAUGUGUGAUCUCAAGUUGGAUCCAUCGAACGGCAGUAAUGUGCUUAUUUUCCAUAGUCUGGGUGCAAUUUCUACUAUCAACUGGAAAGACAAAGUAAUGGAACCUAUACUAUCAACCACUAAUUUGCAGGUUGAAUAUCCCCUUUUGUCUGUGUUGGCAGUACUGAAGGAUGCCUACUAUGUAGUUUUGGGCAAAAAGGACAAGAAAUCGGGAAUUUCACCUCAUACUCGUUACAUUCACAGAAUAGAGAAAGCCACUUUGAACUCAACUAAUUUGGCCGAUAUCCACAACAGCAUAAAGUAUGCCGUUUCCAUAGAUAGUACUAAGUUAGCCUUUGUGACAUCUGAUCACGAUAUCGUGUUGAUUGACUUAGUAGAGAUUUUUAGAAAUGACCAAACUGAAGUCGAAUCUGAGUCAGAGAACCGAACUCAAGUUUCUACAGAGACGAUUAAGUUCCCGUUCAAGUCCGCUAUAACCUCCGUGGCGGUUUCUAAUGACUCUACUGUUGCCCUUGGGACAUCUGCGGGUGCUAUCCAGAUUCUCUACGGGGGAUUGGCUAGCGAGAAGCCACAGCGUUUGUUGAAAUGGCACAUUGAUCAAGUAAGAUCUUUGCAUUUUACUCCAGAUAACAAUUAUUUGCUUUCUGGGGGUCUUGAAAAGGUGUUGGUAUUUUGGCAGUUGGAAACAGACAAGACACAAUUCUUGCCCAGAUUGAACGGUACCAUAGACAAAAUAUCCAUUGACUAUAACAAAAGUGACUACUAUACCUUGUUAUUGAAUUCUGUUUCGGAAGAAGAAAACAACUACGAGAUCUUGGUAGUUUCGUCAGUAGACUUGGUAUCGAGAUUGUCAGUGAAUACCAUCAGACCAAAAUUCUCCAACAACGUGAAGACGACGUUGGCUAAAACCAAGAAGAAGUACAUCAAGGCUGAGACCAAUUUCGACAAGUCCAAGUUGAGACAUGACUACUCUUCUGUCUUCGAAGUGCAUCCCAAGACCAAGAAUCUCUAUUUCCCUAAUGAAUCCAUCAUCCAGGCUUACGACUUGGUCAAGAACGAGCAGUCUUUCAUUCAGAACGCUGCUCCUACUUUACCCACUGGUAAGGUUAGAUCCGAGACCAAGCUCUUAGAUCCUCUGAUCUCGUUGCUUUCUUUCACAAACGACGGUGAGUGGAUGUGCACCUUUGAUAGUGUUUCUACUUCAGAAAUAGAUAACUUGUUAUCCAAAGACGAUAAGCAAUAUGCAUUAAAAUUCUGGAAAUUCGUCGAGUCUAAUACCGGCAACAAAAUCGAAUCUGCAAACUCGUCGUCCAACAAGACUGGCUAUUGGGAGUUGUCUACCAAGAUCAUCGACCCUCACGGGAACUUGAAUCCGAUCUUGGCCAUAUGCGCAGCUCCAAGCUCCUACUUUAAUGGACAGGCUAUCUUGACUGUAGACAAUAAGGGUGGAUUAAGAAUAUGGAGACCUAGUGUACCCAAGGAGAUCUACCAAACUAUAGGUAAAAAUGGAGCCAGAAGCCAGCAGACCGCUUGGACUUUGAGGAAAUCUAGACCCAGCGGAGCCCUUACAGCUGAAGCUGUUGCUGUGUGCUGGUCUGAAGAUAGCUCUGUUAUUUUCUUGGGUCAUGAAAGCACGGUUCUUGCUAUUAAUUCGAAGACUUUUGAGGAGUUACCUGAAUCAGUUUUCAAGGUCCCAACGUUGUCGGGGUCUAGAAUCAGAUCUUUGUCUAUUGUAGACAAUAACUUGAUUGUGUUAUCAAAGACCAGAAUAUCGUCUUUCAAUUUGCUUACUGGCGAGUUCAACGAGUUGGUCGCAAAGGUCAAUACCACCUAUGGAGGAAAGCAUACGAUCGCUGUAGAUAUUAUCAACAAGUUGAUUUGUUUGGCAGUUAACUACUACAACGACGAAGGUGAUUUUGAAAUCAACUCGAAGGUUUUGAUUUUCAAACCAAACCAAUUGAAGCCAUUAUACUCUCACACUCACAAGCAGGGUAUUUCGUCUAUCCGCUACUACAACUCGUCGUUCGUCUUUGUAGACUUGAACUCCAGAAUUGGCAUAAUUCAACCAACCUCGAACUCGCCUAUUCUGUUAGCUAACAACGAUGAUGACUUGGCUAAGGAUAUGAACAACAUGUUGAUAAACGCUCAAGCCACUGCUGACUUGAUCAAUAACAGAAGCCUCAAUACUAAUACUAACUCUAAUGUGUCGUCCUCGCAAGAUAUUGACGAAAGUUACGAGUUUAAUAGAGUUAUAGACCUCAAUACCUUCCAGCCCCUCUUCGAAAAAUCUGAUAGUGCUUCUGUGGAGACUUUGUUCGAUCUUAUUGUCAAAGUCCUCAAGUAG